AUGCUUUCAAGUGUUGCCCAUGAAUUCAGAAAUCCUCUGAAUGCUAUUAAGGGUAACCUCCUUUUGAUUGAAAUGAACCAGGAUCCAAGGAUUGAGAAGUUCGUCAGAGUCAGCAAGAACUCCUGCCUACUUCUAAACUCAUAUGUGGAGGACAUCCUUGACCUUGGUAGGAUCGAAGGAAGCGCAUUCCAGCUUAAUAACGAAGAAUUUAGAAUUGCAGAAAUCAUCAAUGAAGUCAGUGAAAUAUUCGAACUAGAGAUGAAGCACAGAAGAAUCAAAUUCCAGGUGAACAUUGCCCCUAGAUUUAACUUAGUGAAUGUCCUCUCCGAUAAAGAUAGGCUGAGACAGGUUAUCAUUAAUCUAGUCUCGAAUGCUAUAAAGUUCUGUAAUUCAUCUAUUAUUGUGGACGUUUUCCAGCUCUUCGGUGGAUCUGACUCUGAGUACAGUCGAGAAGAGACAAAAGAGAGGCAAGCAGAGAAUGCUCUCCCACCUUUCGACCCAACAGUUGCUGCUAAAUCUCUGAUCCAAGGUGCUAACAUAUAUGGAGGUGAUAGCGUCUUCCUCAGUGUGACCGAUGAUGGAGAUGGCAUCGCCCCUCAAGAUCAAGAAAAGCUGUUUAAAUUAUUCGGGAAAAUCAGCAAAACCCACCAUAGGAAUAAGAAAGGGUGUGGCCUUGGUUUGACUGUUUGUAAAAAGAUCAUGCAGAAGAUGAAUGGAGAUAUUAACGUGAUCUCCAAGCGAAGAAGAGAUUAUGAGAACACAAGGUAUGACGAAUAUCAAGAAUAUGUAGAGGACGUCCAAGCGUCGCUUGUCUACUUCACCCAUAUGAAGACCUUUAAGACCUUCUAA